AUGAACGAUAACGACAAAGAACUCGUGAAAGGAGUGCUUUCCCAAAACGGAAAAGUCGAUUUCAAAUCCCUCACGAAGUUUCUCAAGCCCGAAUUGGAGCCCGAUAAAAUUACAAGAGCUAUGGUCGAGAGCACUCGUCUUCGCUACAAGGGUCUCAAAGAGCGACUCGGUCUUGCAAGUGCCACACCUGCCACCCCAGACCCAUCACCCAAGAAGCCUCCCAAGAAAGAAGGAGGUCGAGGCAGAAAGAGAAAGGCACAUAUCGAAGACGAUACGGCCGAAGCGUCCAGCCCGAGCCCGAGCAAAAAGAAAGAUAAAGGGCAGGCAAAGGCAGUUGUGAAUUUGGAGGGAAGUGAUAAAGAGGACAAUGCGUUUCAGGAUGCAAUGUUUGCAUAUGAGCAUCAUGAUGAGGCGUGA